AUGUCGGCUCAAUCUCCUCAUCCUCCUACUCCUAAGGGAUCCCGCAAUAACCGCCGCCCUCAGAAGAAGAAUAUGACCCCUCACGCCCCGAAACCGGCGCUCCUCUCCACUCCUCCAUCAUCCCCGCCGCAUACCAUGAACCCUGGGGUCAACCAGAUGGAUUCCUCAAACAACCCUAACUCUUUGAAGAAGAAACCUCUGCGCUCAGGAAAGAAACCCCGAGACAACAAGCCUUCACCUGCCCCGCACUCUGGAUACCACAGCAACACAUACAACAGCGGUCCCCGAUACACACCAACCCACCCCGCUGUCACCUCUCCUCCGACAAAGCCAAGCACAGCAUAUGCGGGACCGACCUUCCACGCGUCACCCGCACCAUCUGCUUUACCAAUUCCUAGCUUCUUCUCCAAGUCUGCUCCUGAUAGCAAUCUGGUCCCACCCAUCGAGACCGAUAGUGACGAUGCGGAAGUGGACCCCGAACCAGAGGUCACCCCGUCCAAACCUCGCAACCGCAACAACAAAUACAGGGAUGAAGAGCACAAGCCUUCCCCUCUUGACUUCCUGUUUAAAGCUGCUGUGCAAGCCAGAGACCAGAAGUCCACGAGCAACCCUGAGGUGAACAAGGUCCUUCAGUCUCCUCAGACUGAACCCAAGGCUUCGCGCCCCAAUCCUGACAACAUCUUCUCAUUUGAAAUGGGAAGCUCUGACUCCCGUCGCAACUCGCACAUUGGCCCUUCUUUCGCCCCUUCUUACCAGGAUCGUAUGAAUGCGCUGCGACCCUCAAAUACCCCUCAGUCUUCUGAUAUGACUGAGGAGGAACGACGAAUCAAGACUGAGGAGUUGAAGCACUUGUUGCUCAACCCACCCCCACAGAAGCCACCUUCGUCGACCUAUGCUUCGCAGGAAUACGCUGGGUCCUUUGGGCCCCGUCCUUCUAAUGUGCCUCCAUACGCCACUCCCAUGCGAACCUCGUCCGGCCCUCAGUUGACCAUGUCACAUGGCUCAUUUUCCCCACACCAGCUGCAACAGCAGCAGGUUCCUCAGAACACUGGGCAUUCUCGGUAUCCGUACCCCGGGCAUUCUCACUCACCUCUGCGCCGUGAGGUUGACCUCGUCCCGCCCCCUUCGAUGCCUCCAUAUCGUGGCCCCGCCUCUACAGGCACCUCAAAUGCAGCUUCUCCGGCGCCUUAUGGAAAUCCUUACAUGGCCGCAUCUCAAUACCAGCGGACCAGUUAUGCCUCCCCGCAGCAAAGCCAUGCGUCAGCUGCAUUCCAGAUGCCGAUGAACUCACCAUCUCCCUCUCGGGUGGUGGACACCCGACAAAUCGAGAAUGAUAUUCGUCGGGUUCUGAAGCUGGAUACCUCGGGGCCUCCGGUUACCCAAAGCUCCGCUUAG